GGUUUAACGCGCUUAUCUAGCCCGUUCUAAUCCCGCUACUAUUUAAGCCCCUCCGACCUAGACCGGUUUAUCAUUUCUCUCUCGCGGCCGCGGAUCGAAAACUCGACGACAUGAGCUACUACAACCAGCAGCAGCCCCCUGUCGGCGUCCCUCCUCCGCAAGGUUACCCGCCUGAAGGAUACCCGAAAGACGGCUAUCCGCCGCCGGGUUACCCGCCGCAGGGAUACCCCCCUGCCGGCUACCCGCAACAGGGGUACCCGCAGCAGGGGUACCCGCCACAAGGAUACCCUCAGCCCUACGCUCAGCCACCGCCCCAGCAGCAGCAGAGCAGUGGCCCUUCCUUCAUGGAGGGAUGUUUGGCCGCGCUUUGUUGCUGUUGUCUUUUGGAUGCUUGCUUUUGAUUUGGAGUCUGAGGUCGUCUCACAAUUCCAGUUCGAAUGAUUGCGUGUCUCCUUGAUUAGAUAGACAGCUCGUCAACAAACUCAGCUUAUCUUCUUGUUUAAAUCACUAUGAUAAUUGUAAGACUGAGAUGUUAGGAUCCAAUUUCGUUUGUGUUUCUGUUCGUUAUCGUAUUUGUAUAUUUUCUAUUCCAGUUGUUUAAGACAAUGCUCAGUUGGAUGUGGAACUCAACAUUGGGAAUCUUAAAGGGAGCAGAAAUAAAACCCUUCCUGGAAAUUAACUGUAGUGAUGUUUUGAUCCAUUAAGUAAUUGCAUUCCAACCA